AUGGGGAACCUGCACUACUGCGAUGCCAUUUUAAUUUUUCUAGUGUACUUUACUCCACAACCAUGUCUAAUUCAUUGGAAGUAUGUGAAGAGAUCGAAGAUUUUUCCUUGGAAUGAACCAACGUUGAUUUUAUGUUCGUAUACUAAUUUUCAGGAGAGAUUAAAGACUCAUUCGUCUGCAUUCGAUGGGUUACUAUCACUCAUCCCAGCUAAAUACUAUUACGAUGAUGCUACCCAAGACCAGUGGCAGCAGAAAAAGAAGCUGAAGAAGGAUGCUGCAAAAGAUAGAAUAGCCAAGUUGGACCCUGAAAGCGCCGCCUCUGCGGAUACUUACAGUAAUGGGGGUGCAAGUGCCAAAGAUGUCAAGGAGAAUAGAGCUAGAGCUGCUGAGAAAAGUGCAAACAAAGAACUGACUCUCGCCUCUGAAUUUAAAGAUUUUAACUCUGAUGAAGAUCUCAUUGGAAAUGGGCCCAGUUUGGAGUUUGAUGAUGAUGGAAACGAAGUCAAUUCUGUUGAACCAACUGCAUCUACACCUAAUCCACAGCCAACUCGCCAAAAGAAAAAGGAAAUCCUGCCAGAAGAACUACAAAAGAGACAGCAACGAAGAGCAGAACUCAAAGAGCGUCUCGCGUCAAAAAUCAACACCUUGAAGGAGAAGAGAAAAGCCCCCGGAACUAAAUUGGGUGGCCCAGCCAAAUCCAGAGAGCAAAUGCUUCUCGAGAGAAAAAGAAAGGAGGAGUACAGACAAGAAAAACUCAAAAGAAAGAGAGAGGCCGAAGACGAAGGUGAUGCUAGCGAAGCUUCUGAUGCCAAUGCGGAUGAUGACGAUGAUGACGAUGAUGAAGAGGGUGCCGAAAACCAAGUUUUGUUCGGCAACAUUCAAUUCCGGGAUGGAUCUCGCAUGACGUCUGACUUGAAGAAUAUCCGUGCUGGCAUUGCUCAAAAGAAGAAGAAAGGUCCAGCAAACAAUGAUGUGAAAGCACACUUGCUUAGGCUUGAAUCGAAGAAAAGAAAGUUGGAUCAGUUGUCUCCGGAGGAGAAGAAAAAGCAACAAGAACAAAGCCAAUGGCAAGGGUUAAUGGACCAAGCCGAGGGUAUCAAGGUCAAGAACGACGAAAAAUUGUUGAAGAAAGCAUUGAAAAGAAAGGAAAAGCAGAAACUCAAAAGUGAUGUUGAGUGGAGAGAAAGGAAGCAGGUUGUGAAGGAUACCAUUUCGGCUAGAGCCAAGAGAAGAGAAGCCAACUUGAAGGCUCGUAAAGACAAUAAGGGAAAGAAGGGCAAGAACCAGGUGAAAUUAAGAAAGUUCACUGGAACUGUUAACAAGAGCAAAGGUGGAAAGGAUACCAAGAAAAGAGCUGGAUUUGAAGGCAGCGCCAAAUCCAAGAACAAACCCAAGAAAUAG